GAGAAAAAGGGAUUCCGCCAACUUACCCCAACCGCCAACUAGCCCCGGGCCAUAACAGUUUUUGCAACCGGCCGAGACGGUUGUGCCUCCAGGUGGAAGGUUUUGUUCUCGAGAGAGUGACGUAGUGCGAGACGCUGUAUGCGUUUUUGUGGGAGAGAGAGAGACCAGUUUGUUAAGUGUGAGUCGACAGUUGAUACGUCGGAGGCGUGGUCAACGGCAUCCUCGGUGUUUUGACAGCAAACCGCGGGUAGACGAAUUUGCCUACCGCGGUGGCAGAAAUCGACAGUGAUCGUGCCUGUACACACAGAAAAAAUAUAUUGUAUUGGUGUCGUCGGGCAAUUCUAAUCGACGAGAGGGGAAGCGUCACAGGUAGACCCAUUUGCUCUAUUCGUCUACCGCAGAAGUGGUACGACGAAUAAGGAAAACAAGUGGCACCGAAAAGUGCCGCAUCGACAGUGGGAUUUUCGCAGCAAGCCACAGGUAGCCACAUUUGAUUACCGCGGCGGUGGAAACGGAGAGAGCGCGCUUGUGGUGGUGAUACCGACGAGCAGCUUAACCGAAGAGAGUUUUGAAGUGUUGCAGGUAGGCCUAUUUCUCUACUGAAGAAGCAACGCGACGAAGAAGGACAGCAAGUGUCACAUUGUCAAACAACGGGCACCGAGUUUACAACGUAACACAUGAGGUGUGUUCUACAGGUAUAACAGGAAAUGAAGAAAAUCUCUUUCCGCCCACCAUGGAGGAACCGGGAGCAGAUACGGAGGGAAUUCAGUACGACCGACUAAAAUACUCUGAUCCGGAAGCCCUGAUGCGCCACCUCUACUACACUUGUAUGGGUAACAGCUCCAGUAGCGGGGCGGUCGUGAAACAAGCCACAAUCAAUAGCCCUAACCGCAGCCAACAACAGCAGCUGUUCUGUCCGCGGCGUUUCGAUGGAUGGACCUGUUGGGAUCCCCAGCCGGCUGGGUCGGUAGCUGAAAGCUACUGUCCCAACUUUAUCGUGGGCUUCGAUGUCAACCGAUUAGCAUACCGUGUAUGUCACAGCAAUGGAUCCUGGUUUGUACAUCCCGAGUCCGGCAGAGAGUGGUCCAACUACACAAACUGCGUCGACGUCGUUGACAUGCAGUUCCGUCGACUGGUGAAUGAUCUCUAUAUUGGCGGCUACACCGUGUCCCUCGUAACGCUCAUCGUAUCGCUGUGUGUAUUUUUCAGUUUCAGGACUUUGAAGUGCACCCGCAUCCGCAUCCACAUCAACUUAUUCAUCUCGCUGGCACUGAGCUGCAUCUUUUGGAUCGUCUGGUACAAAUUCGUCGUUGAAGACCCGGAUGUGGCUAAUCGGAAUGGGGGUUUGUGCAUUGGAUUGCACAUUCUGUUAAACUACCUGAUGCUGGUGAACUAUUUUUGGAUGUUCUGCGAAGGUCUUCAUCUACAUUUGGUGCUUGUAAUUGUCUUUAUCAAAGAUGCAAUUGCAAUGCGUUGGUUUCUAGUCGUCGGAUGGAUUGUCCCGAUUUUGCUGGUUUCAGUGUACGUAACCAUAAGGAAGGGUUACACGUCGGACACCGAACACUGCUGGAUGGACGAAAGUCACGCCAUGUGGCUGCUGACGGUGCCGGUUUGCAUUUCGCUCGUUGCCUCGCUGGUGUUCCUCAUCAACGUGGUUCGAGUGCUGCUGACCAAGCUAAACUCCACUUCACCCAAUCCGGCCCCGCAAGGACUGAAGAAAGCUGCCAGGGCGACGCUUAUAUUGAUUCCGCUUUUCGGUCUGCAGCACAUUCUGAUACCGUUCCGUCCGGACAAGGGUUGCGAACUGGAGCGCUACUAUCAGAUCGUGUCGGCCGUGCUGAUAAGUCUGCAGGGAACCGUCGUAUCCUGCCUGUUCUGCUUCGCUAACCACGAUGUGAUUUUUGCUGUGAAGUGCCAACUAAGCCGCUUCUUUCCGGCACUUGUGGAGCAUCCGUAUCGGGAAAGUUUCAACGGUGGCCUGCCGGCGACGACGCAAAGCCGCGACAUGGUGGUAUGACUGUUGGGCUUUCGGCGCGGUACGCGGACAACCGGAAGUCACGAAGUGGUUGGCGAGUGCGUCGAGGGUUUGGUUUAGCGGGUAGAAUCGGAGGUUUACUGCGGUAAUCAGAUGCCCAAAAGAGAUACUUGAAUACAUAGUGUGUAGUUUUGAAGCUUACAUGUCCAGUUUCCUGUUAUGUGUACAAUUAGGUUGUAGGUAUGAGUAAAAGCCAUGCUGUAAUCCUGGUGUAACCAGAACAAAACAGCACAGGCUCGUUAUAUUUUCAUUUCUCAGAAAUAAUAAAUCAUGUAAUUUUAUUUUUUCCAGUAGAACAUGUUAUAUAUCAGCAGAGAAAAAUCGAAAAUGUUGGAAACUAUUUAGCUGAUAGCUGAUAUUGUAUUCUAUAAAAUUCGCAACAUUUCCUAACGAGUUCAUGUGAGCACGAUCCAUAGUUUCUACUCGUUCCAGGUAAUGUAUCUACGAACCAUUGUUUUUGUACGUGUACGAACAAAAAUAAUCCUUUAAAGAAUGUG